AUGGCACCACUGCAGGGAAGUGCGGACGCAGCUGGUGAUGGGCUAGAUGAAAACACGCCCAGCCCCGAAGAGAGGCAGCAGGCUCAGAAGAUAUUUGAUAAUAAUGAUGAGGAGUUGGCUGCUGGGAAAUACACGGCUGCCUGGUUGGGAACGCCGGAUAGAGCGAUGCUUCGAAAGGCGUAUAUGGACCUCUUCGACUGGUCAGAUAUGAAUAUCCUCUCGUCAUUGAGGAGUUUAUGCACCAAAAUUGCGUUGAAGGGCGAGGCACAACAAGUGGACAGAGUGCUGGAUGCGUUCUCAUGCAGAUGGUGCGAAUGUAAUCCAAACCAUGGAUUCAAAGCAACCGAUGUUGUUCAUACUAUUUCCUACUCCUUGCUACUUCUCAAUACUGAUCUUCAUCUUGCCGAUAUUGACCAAAAGAUGACCAAGCCCCAGUUUAUCAAAAACACGAUGCCCACCAUUCAACGAGUUGUAAUUGAAGCCGCUCCGGAAGCAUUCAGUACAGCUCAGCCAUCAAAACCUCAAACCAAGCAGAUUGCUGAAUCGGAGAAAACUGGCCAUGCGAAGCCUUCCCCGGUACCUCCUCUGGAGAAGCAGCCUAGCCACUCACCCACGGCAGCUGAGAAGUCAGAUGAACCACCGACUAUCGAUAUCCCCAUCAUUGAGCAUCCUAACCUACCACCUCCCCGUCUGUCAAGCCGUGCCUCGUUUCUCGAUACAGGUCAUGGCAUGCAGUCCCUGGCUGGCCCGCUGGUCUCAACACCAUUUAACGGGACGAUGAAGGCAUGGGAGGCUCAGAUCGAGACAGUACUCAAGGACUACUAUAUCUCUAUCCAUAAACAGAAACUCCCUCUUAGAGGUGUCACUACGGGGAGUGAUGAGCAUAUCUCUGCUCCUGGCGGGUUCCUUACGCUUACUCAUAACAUGCUCCGAAGAACUCCAAGUACGAUCAGUCGAACUGGCGCAGGAGAGACGUACCGUGGACGAGGCGCUGAAAACCGUCUCAAUGCGGCCCGAUGGUCCUCAAAAGCAAGAUCUCGCCCUCGUCUUUACCCACCAUCUGCCAUGGGUUCGAGCCGUACAAGCUUAGACGACCAGUCAUUCGUCUGGUCGCCAUCUGGUUCGAGCACUUGGAGUAAGAACUCUCUUGGAAAGACCUUGACCUCGAUGUCGGUUGACUCUCUGGGAUCCGAGUAUCCUCGCGGUGACUACCAGCAAUCCAUUGGAUUUGCAAACGCUUUGAGCCAUGCUAUCAUCCGCGAGGAUUCAACUCAUUCCAUUGCCGCUUCAGAAGACCCUGCACGAGUUGCAAUGGUUCUUGAAGACGAGAGCCUCGAGCUUGCAGGUGCUCCUUGGGCAAAGGAAGGAAGUCUGAAGCACAAACACCAUCUCGACUCGAUCGACAAACGAGCCAAGGAUAGGAAUUGGAACGAGACCUUUGCCGUCAUCCAAAGAGGCUGGAUGCGUCUUUUCUCCUUUAAUUCCAACAAUAAAUCCAGUCGCCUGAGGCCGAAGCAACGCCAGAACGGAGGAAUAGUAGUCGGAGGCGGCAACUGGAUGGAAAACGCAGACGAGACCUGGAAGUUCCUCCUCAGACAUACCAUUGCCAGCGCCCUUCCGGCUCCGGGUUACUCCAAGUCACGCCCUCACGUAUGGGCUCUCAGCCUGCCCACUGGUGCUGUGCACUUAUUCCAAGUCGGCACGGCAGACAUCGUGAAGGAGUUUGUCUCGACGGCCAACUACUGGAGUGCCCGGCUGUCCAAGGGCCCUCUCUUCGGCGCUGUCAGCAACAUCGAGUACGGCUGGAGUGACGCCGUCAUCAACAACGCUGUCUCUAGCAUCGACGACUCCAAUCUCCCGAGCAGUGCUCCAUCUUCCAGCGGCUCGGCUCAUCUUCCCCGACCCAGUCUGCAGAGCUCCAUCCGCAGCUCAAUUGAUCAACAAAGCGUCCGCCCUCGCCUGCCAGCCGACCGGAUCAUGCUCAGCGACUGGCGGCCGCCUCAGCAAAGCAUGAUGGCUUCCACCUCCUCCGAAGCGGAACAGCUGGAGACGCUCCGCAGCUACGUGAAGCAUGUGGAGCAGGAACUCCAGCGCCACAACGAGCUACGUCCUGCUCUCAUGCUUGCCUUCACGCCGAAACACGCAAACUACUCCAAGGCUCUGCAUAACUGGGAACGCAAGUCUUCGUAUCUGCUUCGAGAGAUAGUCAAGUUCCGCACCUACAUUGACAGCCUGGUGUGGGCAGAGACGAUGAGGCAACGGAUCUACCAGGCCGAUGCAGCCAAGGGGAAAGUGCUGAACACUGCUAGUGAAGAUCCUGUCGAGGCGUAGUCUUUGAUUGUCUUCCUUGACCCUUUACUGUCCUCCCUCCCCUUUUGCUAAGCCACCUACACACCCACUGCGUGCCCCUAAUUACACAAUCAUGACUAUCCUAGCUCCUUUUUAAUGCUUUCUAACGGCCGAUCCACCAGCGUUCUCCAGUCCAAGCGACUCUGCUUUCCCUUCUUUACAGCCAUCCCUUAAACAAGUCCUGGAAUUGUCUUCUUGCCCUGUAUAUCUUAUAAUCCAUCUUGUUUCUCAAGCCCUGUACAUAUAUAAUCUGCUUCACAUAAGAACGAGUUUAUGAGAGUUACCGUCGCCAUCUGACUAUCGCUGCUGCCGCCCGUCCAGCCAGCUUCCAAAGGUCCUCGUCCCUGAACUGAUCCCUGUAUAAACAAAAAAAAGGGCCGUCGUAUCUUACUCGCACUAUCAACACUAGCCGGCCCCUUGCAUGAUCCCGCGCUAGGCUCGACUUAGCAGGAUUUGACAUGCAAGCUCGAGACCGGAAAAAACAACAACACAAAACAACAUCAACAGAAACUGCGCGCCCAACUAACCAACCACCCAGCAGCACCUCGGACCCGCCGUCGUAUGCUGG